GCAGUACGAUAUGAUUCCAUUCCGAUUUCACUAUGACACCUUGAGAUUUUUGUCUCAACAAACACAAGCAGCAUACACGACGUGAACAGGGAUAGAUUUCAAUACGUUCAGCAUAUCCAUUAUACAGCGCACUCUUUCAUAUUGUCAGCGGUUUCCCCAUGGGGUCGACGUCACCGCCAUUGACGCCCAUUCGGCAGUAUGAGGCCCCUGUCGACACCACAUCUGGCGACACAUACCAAGACGAUUUUAAACGACGCUCAAGUAGCUUCGCAUCAAAUCACGAAAGAAGCCCUGUGACGUCUAAAGCACGACAUCGCUUCUCCAACGCUUCUCACGCAUCCAACGACUUCGAUUACCCCACCGACGAUGCUGGCGGGGGAGCAGGUGGAGGUGGAGGAGGUGGGAUGGGAAUGGGCAAUCUCGCCGACGAGCUCGAUCAGCUCGACGAUGAAUAUGACUAUGAGGAGGACGCUGGCGACACGACACAGUUAAGGACAGACGGUGGCCCGGAUGACUCGAUAAUCGAGGGAGCUCGUGAUUCGGGAAUUGAUGUAUCCUACCCUCCUGGCAGUCAUAACUCACCGUCACGGGCGCGAAACUUUUCAAAACCGCUCGGACAAGAAGACAAGCCGCCUGAUGCGGCUGGCGACGAGGAGGGAAAUGAGGAUCGAUUCUCGCCGGAUCUCGAAGACCUGGUCGCGACCAUUGCUCGGAUGACCGCCUACACGACAACGAGUGAAGAUCCGAUCAUUCCACGUACCACUGCUUUGCUACACGAUCUCGGUCCACAAUCCAAUCUCGAAGCCGGCAUACAACGCUUCAACACUGCGACUAACAGCAUGACUGCCUAUUCCACCGCACAGACAAAAUCCAUGCAAGUCCUAGCACAGAGCCUCUUCUCACCGCUCUUCUUCGCCUACAAUAGCAACGCCUUUGACUUUGACGCCGCACUCAUCGAAGACACCAUCCCGCUGAUUGAUACGCUGCUACAAGAUAUUCCCGGCGGCAUUAGCAACAGCGUCAACCUCCCUGGCCAAACGCAAUCUUCUUCCGAACCACCGUCCUCCUCGCCUUCGUCACAAUCCCUCGUCAUCUCCAACCUCGCCCGCUUGACUCGCGACACUGCCGACGUCCUCGCCGCCCUCUCCCAGCUUACGGAUACCCUCCAAAUGGGCAAACAAAUCACCACCACUGCAGCCCGGCACCUCCGUACCACACAGACGAUGGUCGCGGAACUCCUCCGCGAACGGGAACGUGCGGAGGUCGCGCGUGUGGAUCUCCUGGCCGGAGGCUGGAACGAGAAAGUCCAGGCGAGGGUCUGUGGUAAGGAAUGUAGGAGUAUCGUCGAGGGAUUCCGGGAAACAUGUGAAAGGUUGAGAGGCGUGGAGGACGAUGGUGUCGUUGCGCCGGUGGCCGUUGUUUCGUGAUAUGAGAGGGAGGGGGAAAGCGG